AUGGAUCACAUCUUCUCCAGUUCUGCUCUACACAUCACUCUCAUUUUGCUUACAAUCUGCAAAGGAAUAUCAGGGGCUACAUUUACAGUCAUAAACAGAUGUGACUACACAGUAUGGCCAGGUAUUCUAUCCAAUGCAGGCAGCACUCCUUUAGAUAGCACAGGAUUUGAACUUCCACACGGUGGAUCACGAUCCUUUCAAGCACCACCAAAUUGGUCAGGUCGAUUCUGGGGCAGAACCGGUUGCACAUUUGACCUGAAUACCGGUCAGGGUACCUGCCUCACUGGCGAUUGCAGCUCCAACCAAAUCGAAUGCAGCGGUAAAAAUGCAAACCCACCAGCUACCCUUGCAGAAUUCACUGUCGGAUCAGGUGGACAGGAUUUUUACGAUGUUAGUUUAGUUGAUGGGUACAAUUUACCUAUGAUUGUCGAACCGAAUGGCGGGUCAGGUAGUUGCUUGUCAACUGGGUGUAUCACAGAUUUGAACCAGCAAUGCCCUGCUGAAUUACGGGUCGAAUCCGGACAGGCCUGUAAGAGUGCAUGCGAGGCCUUUGGGAGUCCUGAGUACUGUUGCAGCGGCGCGUAUGGAACACCGGACACGUGUAAGCCAUCUGUUUAUUCGCAGAUGUUUAAGGCUGCCUGUCCGAGAUCAUAUAGCUAUGCUUAUGAUGAUGCCACUAGCACAUUUACGUGUACCGGAGCAGAUUAUGUUAUUACAUUCUGCCCUUCAUUAUCAAGUCAAAAAUCUGCAAGAGACACGUCUCCACCAGCAAGCACAGCAAAUGGAUCUGAAACAGGAACAGGAUCAGGGGUUGGGCCAAUUGGAAUUGACACCUCGUGGUUGCCAAGCUUUCUAACUGGGAUCUCACCCAGUGCGGUUUCCUGUUCUGCUUGGCAGUUUAACUUGAUUCUUUCUGCGAUUUCCUGUCUAUUCCUCUCUUCGGUUUAUUUAUAG